GCGCGCGUCACGGAGCCCGGCCUGGCUGACGGGGCCGCUGACGCGCUUGGCCGCGGGGCCGAGUCCGCGGGGCUGCACGCCGGGCGCCGGCGACAAUGGGCUUCUGUGUGUGCAGCUGCCGUAGCCGCUGGGGACCGGGGGGAGGGGGACGGGCGGCCGCUCCCCCACCACCCCUCCCUCUCGCCCGAGACCCCCGAAACGUAACCGGCCUCUUCUGCCCCUGGCCGGGCCCCGCCGGCUGCUUUUUUCUUUCCUUUUUUUAAAAAAUUUUAUCAGUCAGUUCUCCUUGCCCCGACCUCCGCUUCCACCUCCCCCGCUCCCCCUUCUUGGCCCCCAACAUGACGAGAGAGUGGGAUUUAGCCGGCCGGGGGCGACCACUUUGUGCGUCCCGGGGAGCGGGACCCGCCCAAGGCGCGCCCAGCGGGGGACGCGGUGACCGAGGGGCCGGGAGCGCCAGGCAGGGAGGAGAACUGCCAGGCUGGGCUCUCCACUGCUUUUCUAAAAAUCUUGGAAACUUUGUCCUUCAUUGAAUUACGACACUGUCCACCUUUAAUUUUCUCGAAAACGCCUGUAACUCAGCUGAAGCCAUGCCUUGUGUUCAGGCGCAGUAUGGGUCCUCGCCUCAAGGAGCCAGCCCCGCUUCUCAGAGCUACAGUUACCACUCUUCGGGAGAAUACAGCUCCGAUUUCUUAACUCCAGAGUUUGUCAAGUUUAGCAUGGACCUCACCAACACUGAAAUCACUGCCACCACUUCUCUCCCCAGCUUCAGUACCUUUAUGGACAACUACAGCACAGGCUACGACGUCAAGCCACCUUGCUUGUACCAAAUGCCCCUGUCCGGACAGCAGUCCUCCAUUAAGGUAGAAGACAUUCAGAUGCACAACUACCAGCAACACAGCCACCUGCCCCCCCAGUCCGAGGAGAUGAUGCCGCACUCCGGGUCGGUUUACUACAAGCCCUCCUCUCCCCCGACGCCCACCACCCCGGGCUUCCAGGUGCAGCACAGCCCUAUGUGGGACGACCCAGGCUCCCUCCACAACUUCCACCAGAACUACGUGGCCACCACGCACAUGAUUGAGCAGAGGAAAACGCCGGUCUCCCGCCUCUCCCUCUUCUCCUUUAAGCAGUCGCCCCCCGGCACCCCCGUGUCUAGCUGCCAGAUGCGCUUCGACGGGCCCCUGCACGUCCCCAUGAACCCGGAGCCGGCGAGCAGCCACCACGUGGUGGACGGGCAGACCUUCGCUGUGCCCAACCCCAUCCGAAAGCCCGCGUCCAUGGGCUUCCCCGGCCUGCAGAUCGGUCACGCGUCGCAGCUGCUCGACACGCAGGUGCCCUCGCCGCCGUCGCGGGGCUCCCCUUCCAACGAGGGGCUGUGCGCCGUGUGCGGCGACAACGCGGCCUGCCAGCACUACGGCGUGCGCACCUGUGAGGGCUGCAAAGGGUUCUUUAAGCGCACGGUGCAAAAAAACGCGAAAUACGUGUGUUUAGCAAAUAAAAACUGCCCAGUGGACAAGCGGCGCCGGAAUCGCUGUCAGUACUGCAGAUUUCAGAAGUGCCUGGCUGUUGGGAUGGUGAAAGAAGUGGUUCGCACAGACAGUUUAAAAGGCCGGAGAGGUCGUUUACCUUCGAAACCGAAGAGCCCACAGGAGCCCUCUCCCCCCUCGCCCCCGGUGAGUCUGAUCAGUGCCCUCGUCAGGGCCCAUGUCGACUCCAACCCGGCUAUGACCAGCCUGGACUAUUCCAGGUUCCAGGCGAACCCUGACUAUCAGAUGAGUGGAGAUGACACCCAGCAUAUCCAGCAAUUCUAUGAUCUCCUGACUGGCUCCAUGGAGAUCAUCAGGGGCUGGGCAGAGAAGAUCCCGGGCUUCGCUGACCUGCCCAAAGCCGACCAGGACCUGCUUUUCGAGUCGGCUUUCCUAGAACUAUUUGUGCUGAGAUUAGCAUACAGGUCCAACCCAGUGGAGGGUAAACUCAUCUUUUGCAAUGGGGUGGUCUUGCACAGGUUGCAAUGCGUUCGUGGCUUUGGGGAAUGGAUUGAUUCCAUUGUUGAAUUCUCCUCCAACUUGCAGAAUAUGAACAUCGACAUUUCUGCCUUCUCCUGCAUUGCUGCCCUGGCUAUGGUCACAGAGAGACACGGUCUCAAGGAACCCAAGAGAGUGGAGGAGCUGCAAAACAAGAUUGUAAAUUGUCUCAAAGACCAUGUGACUUUCAAUAAUGGGGGCUUGAACCGCCCCAACUAUUUGUCCAAACUGUUGGGGAAGCUUCCAGAACUCCGUACGCUUUGCACGCAGGGGCUACAGCGCAUUUUCUACCUGAAACUGGAAGAUUUGGUACCACCACCAGCAAUAAUUGACAAACUUUUCCUGGACACUUUACCUUUCUAAGACCUCCUUCCAUGCACUUCAAAGAAACUGGAAAGAAACCUAAAACUGUCCAGAGGGGGCAAGUCACAAGGGCACAGAGAUACCCCUGAGCUGCCUCAGCUCUAGCCGGCCCCCACCCCUUCCAUACACCUUGGCCCUUGAUCUCUAAAGAAAACAAAACAAACAAACAACAACAAAAGCAAAAACUGUUACUAUUUCCUAACCUGCAGGCAGAACCUGAAAGGGCAUUUUGGCUCUGGGGCAUCCUGGAUUUAGAACAUGGACUACACACAAUACAGUGGUAUAAACUUUUUAUUAUCAGUUUAAAAAUCAUUUUAUUGUUCAGAAGCAAGCUUCUUAAUGUAUGACGGAAAACAUUUGGCCAUGUUUGGUUGUUGCAGUUAAGACAAAUUUAAUACACAUAGACACAUACACACACACCCACAUUGUAAGGGGACCCACAAGUAUUGCCCUUUAAAAGACUUCAAAGUUUUCUGCUGUAAAGAAAGCUGUAAUAUAUAGUAAAACUAAAUGUUGCGUGGGUGGCAUGAGUUGAAGAAGGCAAAGGCUUGUAAAUUUACCCAAUGCAGUUUGGCUUUUUAAAUUAUUUUGUGCCUAUUUAUGAAUAAAUAUUACAAAUUCUAAAAGAUAAGUGUGUUUGCAAAAAAAAAAAAAAGAAAAAAGAAAUAA